CAGGUUAACAGGAUGCACUCUCGUGCAAUCUGCCUUGUCGCCAACGGCACAACAAAACAGAUAAGCAACAGCUUGUCUGGAUGAGAUUCUUGGUGUCCACUGCUCCCUUCAUCAAUCAAUUGAUUCAGCCUCUCCCAUAUAAAUGCAGGUACAACCCAAAGGCUUCACCACCAACAGCCUACCAUUCUCUUACAGUUCAUACACAAGAAACCAUCACCAGACCUUCAGUCCUCAACAAUGGCUUGCCAUCUACGGUCCGCAAGCACGCCCUCCAGCCCUCGCUCCAACAACACACAAGUUGAGCAGCAGCUCCAGAGCCUGAGCGCAACCGUCUCUUCGCCAUCGACGACCAUCGAUUCGAUGUCCCAAAGUUUGAGGAGGCUGGCAGACAUCUACAGCUGCAUCGAAAAGAUGAUUUGCACACCCAGCAGCCAAGUCAGCCUCUGCCAGACCCUGCAAAGGAUGGCAGUGGAGGCAGAGCUAGGACGGUCUCUCGUCGUGCUCGACCUCUGCAACGCCAUGCAGGAGACCUUCAUGGAAUUGAAGAUGACUGUCCAAGAGCUCUUGUUGGUUCUCAAGAGAGGAGACGACGCGUCAGGUCAAGUCAAGGCGUACGUCAGGCUAGCCAAGAAAGCACAAAAGCAGUUCAAGAAGAUCAGCAAGAAAACCGCUUCCGACAAUAACGGCUGCAGGGUGGUGAUGCUAAUGGCAGAAGCGAGAGAGAUCACCAUCUCACUGCUCGAAUCCACAUCCUCAAUCUUGUCCAAGCAAAUCGAGAUGCCCAAGUGGUCUCUUGUCUCCAGAACAUCGCAGAAGAGCAAAGUCAUGUGCGAAGAGGAGCAAUUGCGGGCAUUGGAGUGCAGUAUCGAAGAUCUUGAGGGCGGAGUGGAACUUCUGUACAGGAGAUUGAUCCAGAACAGAGUUUCUCUUCUCAAUGCUCUUAGUUUGUAGAUACCUUGAGCUCUAGUUCCCUGCGGUUGGCAUCCACCUUUUAAGGAUUAGUCAAUCAUCAUGAUAGCGAUUUUGAUACCGUGUACAAUUGUGGAUAUAUGCAAAAAAGUUCACUUAAACCGAAAGAGAAGAGAAACAGUUUGACAAUUUCAUAUUUUCUGAAUUAUAUGUUUUACGGUGGUUGUCAUUUUUG